UUAGUUUUUUGAAUUUUGACGGAAAAAGUUAUGAAUCAUUCAAAGAUGGAAAUGGAUUCCUCUUUUCUCAUCAAUUUCUGAUUGAAUUUCUCCUUUCAAUUCAAGUUGUUUGGAGUUUGGAUCCAAACGAUAGACAGCUGUAAGAACUGAGCAGUGGCCCCGGCUCCUCUUCACCACCACCACCACCACCGCUUCUGGGAUCACAUCUCAGUCUUCCGCGUUUCUUAUCGUCUUCUUCCCCCGAUCUAGGAGGAUCCAUUCUUCGUUUGAGUUUUAGCUUGAAGAAGAAGAAGAAGAAGAAGGGAGAAGAAGAUGGGGAGUUUAGCAGCCGUGUUGACGCACCCGGACGAUAUCUAUCCGCUUGUGAAGCUGAAGAUGGCCGCCAGGAAUGCGGAGAAGCAGAUUCCAUCUGAACCUCAUUGGGGCUUUUGCUACAGCAUGCUACACAAGGUCUCCCGCAGUUUCGCUCUUGUUAUUCAACAGCUAGGUCCCGAGCUUCGCAACGCUGUUUGCAUCUUCUAUUUGGUUCUCAGAGCCCUUGAUACUGUUGAGGAUGAUACAAGCAUUCCUUCUGAUAUCAAAGUACCUAUUCUGAAAGCUUUCCACCGUCAUGUAUAUGAUUGUGACUGGCAUUUCUCAUGUGGUACAAAGCACUACAAAGUUCUAAUGGACCAAUUUCAUCUUGUUUCAACUGCUUUUUUGGAACUUGGAAGAAGUUAUCAAGAGGCAAUUGAAGAUAUAACUAAAAGGAUGGGUGCAGGGAUGGCAAAGUUUAUAUGCAAGGAGGUGGAAACAGUUGACGACUAUGAUGAAUAUUGUCACUAUGUAGCAGGACUUGUUGGAUUAGGAUUAUCCAAGCUUUUCUAUGCAUCCAGUUUGGAAGAUUUGGCUCUUGAUUCCCUCUCUAAUUCCAUGGGUUUAUUUCUUCAGAAAACAAAUAUUAUUCGGGACUAUCUGGAAGAUAUAAAUGAGAUUCCAAAGUCACGGAUGUUCUGGCCUUGUCAGAUUUGGAGUAAAUAUGUGAACAAGCUUGAGGACUUGAAAUAUGAGCAGAACUCAAAGAAAGCAGUUCAGUGCUUGAAUGACAUGGUCACAAAUGCAUUAAUACAUGUGGAAGAUUGCCUGAAGUAUAUGUCCUCUUUGCGAGAUCCUGCUAUAUUCCGAUUCUGUGCUAUCCCUCAGAUUAUGGCAAUUGGAACACUUGCUUUAUGCUACAACAAUGUUGAAGUCUUCAGAGGAGUGGUGAAAAUGAGACGUGGUCUAACUGCUAAAGUUAUUGACCGAACGAAAACAAUGUCUGAUGUCUACGGUGCUUUCUUUGAUUUUUCUUGCAUGCUGAAGUCCAAGGUGGACAAUAAUGAUCCCAAUGCCACCAAAACUUGGAAUCGGAUAGACGCAAUUCAGAAGGCAUGCAGAGAAUCUGGGUUGCUGCACAAAAGGAGAUCUUACGUGGUGGAAAGCCAUCCAAGAUACAACUCUGCCUUGAUCAUGGCAAUCUUCAUUCUACUGGCAAUAUUUCUCACCUUUUCUGCUAAGCGGCCAACUCAUGUAGAUUAGAUGUCUUUUUGUAGGAGGGGCUUGCUCUAAUGUUCCUGUCAACAUUGUUUAGCGGGCUGUACAACUGAAUCUGUAUUGAUCAGCGAUCACUCAUGUGAUAUUGCUUUGUGCUCAACAUUUAUUUCGGGGGAAGAACCAAGAAGAGAAGAGGUUCCUUUUUUUUCUUUCCCUUCUUUUGAGGUGCUCAUAUAGCCCAUAGAUGUACUCAAUGCUGUUCGUGGUUUACUAUUUGAGUUUUCCUAUCAACUUUGGGAACUAGUGCACUUCAUUUAUCUUAUAUCACCGUAAGUAUCUCCUUGAAAUUUGUUGAUGUAGGUUUGCCUGAGUUUGCAGGUGUUUUUGCUCUAGGAUUUUCAGCCUGAUUUCUCAUUGCAACCCUUCGGCCCUGGGGAGGGAAAGGCAAGAUGUAAUUUCCUACUAAUGAUUUUGAUUCUUUCCCAACAUGGUCCUGUUUUCUUUUCACGUGGCAGAGUUAGAUGGAUUUGGGUGGAUAGAGGAUUCUACACUCAUCUCACUGGUUAAAUUUCAGCCAAGAAGAAUAAUUGCAUUGAUUAAAAAAAAUUGACUUCCAUCUUUUGUCCAGUUGCACAAGAAUGUCACUUCACUAUAUUGUAAUUUAGUGGCAUUUGUAUAUUUAUUAAGGAAGAAAGAAUUACCCUUAAAAGAUGGCCAUUAAAGAAAUGUGGCGGUUUUUAUAA